GGAAAGUGAAGGUGAAUUUCAAUAUGGAAACUAUCGCAAGGAAGCUGAUGACUUGCGUGCUGUGGUGCUAAAUCUUUCGGAGAAAAAAUUCAAAAUUUGUGCUAUUAGCGGGCAUAGUAAAGGCGGAAAUGUGGUGCUUCUUUAUGCAUCUAUGCAUAAUGAUGUCCCUGUCAUCAUUAAUCUUUCUGGACGCUUUGCAUUGGAAAGAGGCAUUGAUGGACGCCUGGGGAAAGAAUUCAUGCAAAGAAUAAAGAAAGAUGGCUUUAUUGAUGUCAAGGAUAGAACAGGUGAUUCCGGGUUUCGAGUGACUGAAGAGAGCUUAAUGGAUCGUCUAACCACAGAUAUGCGUGCAGCAUGCCAUGCCAUUGAUAAAGAAUGCAGGGUCUUGACUAUACAUGGUUCAGCAGAUGAAAUUGUACCUUCAGAAGAUGCCUUUGAGUUUGACAAACUCAUACCCAACCACAAGCUUCACAUCAUUGAAGGUGCUGACCAUUGCUAUACUGCACACCAAGAACAACUGGCUUCUCUUGUUCUAGACUUCAUAAAAUCUGCUCAGGUACUCUCAUUUAAAGUAACAAGGGAACCUGUAUCCUCCAGAUUAUAAGUCAAAACUCCAAAAUCUAUCUGUGUGUUGAUGUAGCUCGUCUAUUAUCAUAUUGACGCAGCUCAUUUUGGUCUGAUGGUCUUGAGUUCGAGUCUUGUAUAUGCGAUGUGUGUGAAUAUGAUGAUGAAGCAUUCCUUGUUAUAAUACCAAUUUGAAUUACAGGUCGUCGAAGCUACUGCCGCACGAGCGAUUUAAGCUAUUUCCGAGCUCAUUGCUGUUGCCUUAUCCUUCAAUUUGGCAAGCUGUUUGGCUUCAUGUGUAAUUUUCCAGUUGUACUGGAAGUAAGAAAAAUUUGCUUGUGCCUGUAGUUUUAUGGCGACUAAUUACAAUAACAGACAUCCUUUAAUAUGUUGGCUUUUUUUUUUUCUU